AUAAGGCACUUCGGUUCUGAGUCAACGAACAUGGCAGAAGCAGCGGCCCAAUCAAAAUCAGUAACCAAAACAAGCAAAAACAGUUAACAAUUUUCAAUUUCUGUUGAGAAGGAUCUUUACCAUGGCUCCUCUAACAUCUAAAAAUUCUAUUAAAGCUCGAGAUGUUUGUAUUGUGGGUGUUGCACGUACGCCGAUGGGUGGCUUUCUGGGCUCUCUCUCAUCUUUAUCCGCUACAAAGCUUGGUUCCAUUGUUAUUGCGAGUGCCCUGAAGAGGGCAAACGUGAAUCCGAACCUUGUUCAAGAAGUGUUCUUUGGGAAUGUUCUUAGCGCCAAUUUAGGCCAGGCUCCCUCUAGACAGGCUGCUUUAGGUGCUGGGAUUCCUAAUUCAGUAAUAUGCACCACUAUUAAUAAAGUUUGUUCAUCAGGCAUGAAAGCUGUGAUGUUUGCAGCACAAAGUAUUCAACUGGGUAUCAAUGAUAUAGUUGUAGCUGGUGGCACAGAAAGCAUGUCUAACGUGCCUAAGUAUUUAACAGAAGCAAGAAAGGGAUCUCGGUUGGGUCAUGAUACAAUUGUUGAUGGCAUGAUGAAAGAUGGCCUGUGGGAUGUGUAUAAUGACUUUGGAAUGGGAGUAUGUGCAGAAAUAUGUGCUGAUCAGCACAAAAUAACAAGGGAAGAGCAGGAUUCAUACGCUAUCAAAAGUUUUGAGUGUGGGAUGGCUGCACAAAAUUCCGGCCUCUUUGCCUGGGAAAUAGUUCCGGUUGAAGUUUCUGGAAGAGGGAAAGCAUCCUCAAUUGUUGAUAAGGAUGAGAGCUUGGAAAAGUUUGAUGCCUCAAAACUACGGAAGCUCAGGCCUAGUUUUAAGGAUGGUGGUUCUGUUACUGCUGGCAAUGCUUCUAUCAUAAGUGAUGGUGCAUCAGCGCUAGUGCUAGUAAGUGGAACAAAGGCUCUUGAGCUUGGGUUGCAAGUAAUCGCCAAGAUCAGAGGUUAUGCUGAUGCAGCUCAGGCUCCUGAAUUAUUUACAACUGCCCCAUCCCUCGCAAUACCAAAAGCCAUAUCAGAUGCUGGUCUGGAGGCUUCUCAAAUUGAUUAUUAUGAAAUAAAUGAAGCUUUUUCCGUUGUAGCUCUUGCCAAUCAGAAACUUCUUGGUCUUAGUCCUGAAAAAGUUAAUGCUCAUGGUGGAGCAGUAUCAUUGGGGCAUCCAUUAGGGUGUAGUGGAGCUCGUAUCUUGGUCACACUAUUAGGGGUACUGAGACAUAAGAAUGGGAAAUAUGGAGUUGCUGGCAUCUGCAAUGGUGGUGGAGGAGCAUCGGCCCUUGUUCUUGAGCUCAUGCCUGCUGCAAGGAUGGGACGUUCCUCUUUGUGAAUAAUGUUAUUGAUAGGAAACUGGCAUGAUUUCUGUAUUAAAUUUGUCUUGGCACGACAAAUAUGCAAUUUGUACUUGAGAGUAAACAUAAUGAUGUGUUCUUCUAAGGGAAAUUGCAUGCAGAUCUUAUGAAACAGUAAUAUAGUUUUAUUUAUUCUUAA